GACACAACUCAGUUGAACUGCUUGUACCUUACUUGAGUUUUGAUAAAGCAGUUAGUAAUGUCUAUGUCAUUGAGACAUUUCUUCAAACACUUUCCGUACACACUCGCCCGUUACUUAACUCACCCGCCAUAUCAGUAUGCGGCUCCGCUUUCUCUCCUCUCAACUCUUUCCUUCAGAAACUACGAACCCACAAACCAUUCAACACCCUCUUCGCUCUUCACUAAGAAGUUUUCCAUUUCUUCUUCUGUUUAUACUUCGCUGGACACUUCCUCCUCUCCUGCUUAUCUUUCAGUUCGCAUUCGCUGUCAGAAACAUCUCAUUGAUGAUUUUUCGGAAGCUCUUCUGUGUUUUGGUGCAAGUUCUACAAGCGUGGAUGAAGAAGAUGGAUGUGAGAGUUCUGAUGAGAUCUUCAUUGAUUCUAUAUUUCCUGAAAGCGAAGAUGUGGACACAUGCAUCUCAUGUGCUGUGGAUUCCAUAGGCUUAAAAGAGAUACCAAGUUAUGAAGUUAAAAUUGGUGAUCAAUACAACUGGAUACAGAAAACUCAGGAAUCAUUUCAUCCUGUUAAGGUUACAAAAGGACUAUGGAUUGUACCUGAGUGGAGAACUCCCCCAGAUGGUGAAGCAACAAAUAUAAUUUUGAAUCCCGGAUUAGCAUUUGGGACAGGGGAGCAUCCUACUACUAUGUUGUGUCUAUUGUUGCUACAAGGCUUGAUAAAAGGGGGAGAACUCUUCUUGGACUAUGGCACUGGUUCUGGAAUUCUUGCAAUUGCUGCAAUUAAGUUUGGUGCUGCCUUAUCUGUUGGAGUUGAUAUAGAUCCCCAAGCAAUCACAUCUGCGAGUCAUAAUGCUGCUGUUAAUAACAUUGGACCUGAUAAAUUGAAAUUAGUCCUAGUUCCUGACAACACACGUCCUCCCUCCAAAGAUGAAAGGGAAGAUGGACUGAAGAACGAUCAUAACUCAUAUCAAACGGGAGCUGUCGCUGAGAUAGACAAGUAUGACGUGGUUAUAGCAAAUAUACUUCUAAAUCCAUUAUUGGAAUUAGCAGAUGAUAUUGUUUCUCAUGCUAAGCCUGGGGCAGUAGUUGGCAUCUCUGGUAUCUUAUCUGAGCAGCUUUCACAUAUCAUUGAUAGAUAUUCAACAUUACUGGAAGGCAUAUCGGUGUCACAGAUGGAUGACUGGGCCUGUGUAAGUGGCACAAAGAAAACAAAUCCUGCUGACAGCUGAGGAAAAUCAUUAGCGUUGAACUGCAAUCAUACACAAUAAACUCAACUCGGAAACUGGUGCAUUAUAUUGUGGCUACCCCAUUGUCGGUGUUCGCUGUCUAGCCCGUGGUAUUGCGAAGAACUUGGAAGCAAGUUGCUACAAAAGCAUCACAACCCAAAAAUGUUUUGCAGUUUAUGUAAUUAAUUUUCGUUGGCACCACUUCUGUGCCUGCCGAAGCUGGAAUUGUUUAAUUUAUAGCUCUGUGGUUUGUCCUCAGAAAACAAAAAGCAGACCAUAAUAGUGGGAUUCUAGUAGAAAUUUUCUGGAACUGAUGUUCGAAGACAAAUUAUUGAAGAGCUGAAUUAACAACCUAUAUUACCUCGAUGACCCUAAUUAAACA